AUGUCCAGCGCCACGGUGUACCCUCCUCGGCUGGGCGACACCGUUGGACAGUUAGCUGAUGGUUCAGGCACCCGCGAGGACGGCCAAGUUCCGUCCACGAGUGCCACCAAUAUCUAUCAGCAUCAGCGCAUUGACACCACCCACCUGUCUCUCUUUCUUCACUCUCUCUUCCCCUGUUUUCCUCUAUUCCGCACGAGCACGCAACAGUCCGCGGCCAUGGCGACUCCGAGGACUAUGAAGGCCGUGCAGUACGACAAGUAUGGCGGAGGAGCGGAAGGCCUCAAGCAUAUGGAGGUGCCGGUCCCGUCGCCGAAGAAGGGCGAGGUGCUGCUAAAGAUGGAGGCGGCCAGCAUCAACCCCAUCGACUGGAAGAUCCAGAAGGGCAUGCUCCGGCCCUUCCUCCCCGGAAAGUUCCCCUUCACGCCAGUUGGCGAUCUAGCCGGCGAAGUCGUGGAGCUGGGCAGCGGCGUCACCGGCUUCAAACCAGGCGACAAGGUCAUCUCGAUCAGCUUCCCGGUUUGCAGAGGAAGAAGUGCGCAGGGAGGCUCGUGAAGCGGAGAGGAAGAGACUAAGGAA